AUGAAAGGUAGAAUCAUCAACAACAACAACAAAGGCAAAAGAUAUGGGUUGGUCUUACUUCCAAUCUUGCUCUUGCUAUUACUCACCAUAACCAAGCUUCCCAAAGAUUACUCAACGAUACCAUUUGACAUCUCUCGCGGAGAUCCAUACAUCACCAUCCAGCAUGCCACAGAUGACCCACUACACGAUAAAAUUGGUCAACCUGACUUACACCCUUCAAAGAAACACUUACACGAAGGUAGCAAAGCCAUGGUUGCAAGCGAUGUUCCUAUAUGCUCUACUAUGGGUAAGGACAUUUUACUCAAAGGGGGAAAUGCAGCCGACGCCGCAGUGACGGUUGCUUUAUGUAUCGGUUCAAUCAACGCACACAGUUCCGGAAUUGGCGGCGGAGGGUUCAUAUUGAGCAGAAAUGUAGAUAAGGAAGAUGUUAUAAGCAUAGAUGCCAGAGAAACGGCCCCAGCUUUGGCUUCAAAGAACAUGUAUGGAAAGUCAUUUGUGUUGAGCAAAAUUGGUGGACUAGCUAUUGCAAUUCCCGGUGAGCUCAAGGGACUUGACGAGUUAUAUAAGAGGCAUGGGAGUGGUCGCUUAUCCUGGAAGCAGUUGUUUCAACCAGUUAUCGAUUUAAAUGAAAGAGGAUGGAAUUGCUCAAAAGUGUUUGAAACUGUGGUGGCCAAGGAAGACGAGUUGGUAUUGUCAAGAGCGCCAGUGUUGAAGAAAAUGUGGGAUUUUAUUUUCACAAAGGAUGGUGACUUGGUGAAGGAAGGGGAUUGGAUACAACGUCCAAACUACGCAAACACAUUGAGAGUGAUUGCCAAUAACGGAAGCAGUGAUGUGUUUUAUGAUCCCGAGGGACCAAUUGUGCCGUCAUUAGUUAAUACGAUUGCGAAAUGGGGAGGUAUCGUUACACCACCUGAUUUUGCAAACUACAAAGUGAAUGUGGAAGAGCCAUUGUCUACAACCAUUCAUGAUCGUACACUUUACACCAGCAAUGGGGUUUCUUCUGGAAUAUCUCUUGUUGCAGGAUUGAACUUUUUCCACGCAGUGUACAACGGCUCAGAGGAUGCUGUUAUGUUUAACCACAAGCUAAUCGAAAGCUUUAAAUGGUCGAGUUCUGUUAGAACUCGGUUGGGUGACAUACCCAAAAGGAGUAAAGUGACUGAAAAAUAUUCUGCAGGUACGUGGAUCAACGAUGUUCUUACAAAAGGGAGAUACUCAGAUGACACGACGUUUCCAUGGGAAAAUUACAAUCCAAAAUACGACAUGGUUGAUCCCCAAGGAACCUCUCAUUUCUCUAUAGUUGAUGAAGACGACAACUCAGUUGCUAUGACAACCACUGUGAAUCUACUUUUUGGGUCCAUGAUAUACGACAAAGCUACUGGAAUUGUUCUUAAUGAUGAGAUGGACGAUUUCAGUCAGCCCAACGUGAGCAACGCAUUCAACUUGACACCAUCCAUCUACAAUUUCAUUGAACCUGGAAAAAGGCCAUUGAGUUCAACAUCGCCAACCAUCAUUACUUACAACAACAGGAGCGACUUGGUUAUUGGCGCCGCUGGAGGGAGUAGAAUUACAAACGCUGUGCUUCAAGCAAUUGUGCGGUUGUAUUAUAGAGAAACUGGACUUUUAGAGACAAUAGCAUACCCAAGGAUGCACCAUCAAUUGAUCCCAGAGAAUGUCAUGAGUGAAGACUUGACCACAUUUGCAAAACAGUACAGUGGAGUUGAUAUAGUAGAUAAAUUGAAAAGCAAGAAACAUACAUUUUUGGAGACUGGAGCAUUGACAGCAAUGAAUGGGAUUAAACGGGUGAAAGAUGGGACAUUACAGGGCGUCAGUGACUAUUGGAGAAAACGAGGAGAAGCAGAUGGGUAUUAG